AUGCAGUUGCCACAGGAUGAAGCGGACCUUGCCAGCCAACCCUGGUACCAUGGCCCCCUGUCCCGCCAGAAGGCAGAGGCUUUGCUCCAUCAAGAUGGAGACUUCUUGGUUCGUGCUUCCGGCUCUCGUGGGGGCCACCCAGUGCUCACCUGCCGCUGGCGAGGCUCCGCCCUGCAUUUUGAGGUGCUCCGCGUGGUGCUGCGACCCCGGCCAGGCAGGCCCCCUGUCCUCUUUCAGCUCGAGGACGAGCGCUUCCCCAGCCUGCCAGCCCUGAUCCGCAGCUACGUGACUGGCCUGCGACCCCUGUCCCAAGCCACAGGGGCCGUGGCCUCCCGGCCUGUAAUCCACCAGAGACCUUUGCGGCGCAGCGUUAGUGACGACAUCCUCAUAGACAGCUCGGUGCCCAGAGAGCCACUCAGGACUAGGAAGUACAGUGACAGUCAGCCGGCAGGUCUGGAGUGUAUAGGGCAGUCAAGACAGGAGCCCCCUGGAUCAGCAGAUUUAGCCAUGCCCCUAUCUACCUUGCCUCGAAUGGGCAGUGACUCCUUGCUGCUGAAGACCCAGGCUCCCCUGGGUGCUACUGCUGACCACCUUCGGGCCUCCGAUGGGCAGCUUCAUGCCAAGGCACCCUCCAAGCCCGCCCGGAUACCCUCUCAGGCACAGUCUGAGGCGUCUGAAUGCUCCCCAACAUACUGUGAGCUGGUGCCUCGUAUGCCCAGUACCCAGGGAACCCCUGCUGGCCAAGACUGCCCAGAGACUCCUUGGUGGAAGGCCUGUGAGAAGGAAGAUGAGAAAGAUAGAACUUUCCAGAGACCUGAGGCUGAGGUCUCUUUCUGUUCCACUGACACCCCAUUCUGCCUGUUGAGCCCCCAAAACCAGCCCCUGGAACCUGGGGUCCUACACACUCUCCGGAGUAUGUUCCUGGAGCACCCUCCAGAGAGCACCGCCCUUCACCUGCUGUUGGUGGACUGCCAGACCACAGGCCUUCUGGGAAUGACCAAGAUGCAGAGGCGGGCCAUGAGGGUCGACUCUGGCUUGGAGCUGCUCACAUUGCCUCAUGGCCAUCCCUUAAGAUUGGAGCUCUUGGAGAGGCAGGAGGUGUUGGCGCUGGUCGGAGCGCUGACAGUGCUGGGUUGUGCGGGGCCGUUGGAGGAGCGUGUGGCCGCGCUCAGGGGCCUGGUGGAGCUGGCGCUGGCUCUGCGACCAGGAGCGACGGGGGACCUGCCCGGGCUGGCCGCGGUCAUGGGCGCCUUGCUCAUGCCCCAGGUGUCCAGAUUGGAGCGCACGUGGCGUCAGCUCAGACGGAGCCACACGGAAGCAGCGCUGGCCUUCGAACAGGAGCUGAAGCCACUGAUGCGGGCGCUGGACGAGAGCACAGGACCCUGCGUGCCCGGCCUGGUGGCGCUGCCACACGUGGCGCCCGUGGUGCGCCUGCUAGAGGGCGAGGAGAUACCGGGGUCGCCGGAUGAGAGCUGUGAGCAGCUGCUACGCACCCUGAGUGCGGCACGUUGCAUUGCCAGGGACGCGCCCAGGUUCCACGAGGUGGCAGCUCAGCGCCUGCGAGGACUCCAGUUGAAUCCCAAGCUGAGGGAGGCUCUGACGACCAGCUUCCUGAAGAGGCUGCUCUGGGGGAGCCGAGGCGCGGGGUUGCCACAGGCUGUACGCCUGGAGAAGUUCCAACGUUUCCUUAGCACCUUGUCGCAGCGCCUGGAGCCCGACGGCUGA